AUGGCUUCCCUGCUCAUCCUGUACGGCUCGCAAGGAGGGUGCGCGGAGGAAGUUGCCGAAAGGCUGGGCAGGGAUUGUGAGCGACGAGGAUACGAGGUCCGCGUAAGCGCCAUGGACGACUACGAUGUUCUGUCCCUCCCCUCUGAAGGCACCAUGAUCGCGGUAGCGAGCACGACGGGACAGGGUGAUGCUCCGGACAAUAUGAGGAAGUUCUGGACUUUCUUGCUGAAGAAGUCCCUUCCUGCUCACUCUCUCGCUUCCACCUCCUUCGCUGUCUUCGGCCUGGGGGAUUCGAGCUAUGCCAAGUUCAACGCAGUGGCAAAGCGGCUGGACAAGCGUUUGGAGAUGCUGGGGGGCAAGAGGAUGCUUCCUCUUGGACUGGGCGAUGAUCAAGACUCUGGGGGAUACGAUCAAAAGCUGGAUGUUUGGGCUGUUGAGCUAUGGAAAGCGCUGGCACAUCUGCAUCCUCUUCCGGAAGGUUCGGUGCCGGACCUGUCAGACAUCCUUCCUCCUUCUCGUUUCUGCGUAUCGAAAGUUGGGAAGCGAAGCCUAGGCGCAGUCGAUGGACGAGAAGGCCAGCAGCUACUUGCUACGAUGAAGCUUGCACGUGGAGACUUUCAUAUCGCCCCUGUCCUAACGAACGUGAGCAUCACGGGGGAGGGAGCAGUAAAGGAGGUCAGACACCUCGAGGUCGAUCUCUCCUUGUGCAACCAGCCGUAUAAGACAGGAGACAUCCUGGCGGUCCAGCCGACGAAUCGCCUGGAGGAUGUGGAGAACUUCAGUAGGGUGAUGCAACUGGAUCUGGAUGAGAUGGUGAAGAUCGAGCCGAACCCGCAGCACAGGUCAAAGACGGCCCUCCCUGCUCUCCUCUGCGGAUUUGGGCCGGUUGCCGUACGCGACAUCCUCCUUGUUCACUUGGACUUCAUGAACACACCUCGGAGGCACUUCUUCGAGCUGCUAUUCCACUUUGCUACCGAUAAGACACAGAAGGAGAGGAUCGAGGAGCUCAGCAGCGUGUCCGGGAGAGACGAUCUCUACGAAUACUGCCAGAAGCAGAGGAGGACUUUCCUGGAGGUCUUCCGGGACUUCCCCGAUGCCCGUCCUCCUCUCUCUUACCUCUUUGACAUGAUCCCCCCCUUGCGCCCUCGCCAGUUCUCCAUCUCUUCCUCUCCCCGCGUUGCUCCUCAUCGACCCUCCAUCACUCUGGCGAUGGUCGACUACGUCUCGCGUACCAAGAUGAGGAGGGUCGGUGUAUGCACAUCCUACCUCAAGGAGAUGCGUACAUCGCCCCAUCCGGACCAGCUCCUCUUCUCCAUUAAGGAAGGCACCUUGAAGAUCCCUGGGGUCAAGAGGAUGAAGGAAGGCGGAACCGUGGAGGACGAGUUGAGGAUGGAGACGUCGCAACUGAUCGCACCACUUAUCAUGGUGGCGACAGGGACUGGGAUCGCUCCCUUCCGGGCGGAGCUGGAGGAGUACGAGUCUGCAGGGCAUCUCAAGCGGCUGAUUGUAGCAUAUUCAAGGAUGCAGGACAAGAAAGUCUACGUACAGGACAAGAUCAGGGAGGAGGCUUCUCUCCUGUGGCAUGCGCUCGAGGAGGGAGGAGUCAUCAUGGUGUGCGGCUCCUCUGACAAGAUGCCACGAGACGUGCGACAGGCGUUCGUGGACGUGGUCAACUCUGCUGGACAAGCAGACGAUGCUGAGCAGUACGUCCGGACCCUCGAAGCAACACGAAGAUACUUGCAGGAGACGUGGAGCUAG